AUGGAGUUUAAAUUUUUUCUAUCAUUUCUGCUAAUGAUUGGCGGAUCAAUUGGAAAUCAAAUGAACAUAAAAAAUAAUUGUCCAUUUACCAUUUGGCCAGGUAUCCAAGGUAAUCCAGGUCACGACCAUCUAGAAGGUGGUGGGUUUGAAUUGAGACAAGGUGAUACAAAAACUCUCAAUACACCUGGUAAUUGGGCCGGCAGAUUUUGGGCAAGAACAAAUUGUGAUGGUUCUGGAAAAUGUGAAACUGGUGAUUGCGGCAAUAAAAUACAGUGUAAUGGAGCUGGUGGUUCACCACCAGCAUCACUUGCUGAAAUUACAUUGAAAGGUGAAGGUGGACUUGAUCUCUAUGACAUUUCUUUGGUUGAUGGUUUUAAUUUACCAGUUAAAAUGGAACCAACUGGUGGUUAUGUUGAUUCGAGAAAUGAUCAAUAUUAUUGCAAACCAUCUGGUUGUUAUGCUGAUGUAAAUAGACAAUGUCCAGAUCAAUUAGCUCUUAGGAAUUCAGGUGGUUCUACUGUUGCUUGUAAAAGUGCUUGUGCGGCUCUUAAUACUGAUGAGUACUGUUGUCGUGGUGCUCAUGGUACUCCAGAAACAUGUAAAAGUACAGAUUGGCCAAUUAAUUAUCCAAAAAUGUUCAAGGAUCAAUGCCCAGAUGCAUACAGCUAUGCUUAUGAUGAUCACAAAAGUACAUUUACUUGUAAAGGGAAUCCAGAUACAAGUUAUGACAUUGUUUUUUGCCCAUAA